GCAGUGAGCAGCCCCCUCCCCGCAGCCACGCGCCCGCCCGGGGGGUGCCACGCGGACGAGUUCCAGUGCCGGCUGGACGGGCUGUGCAUCCCCAUGCGCUGGCGCUGCGACGGCGACACCGACUGCAUGGACUCCAGCGACGAGAAGAACUGCGAGGGCGUCACCCACGUCUGCGACCCCAACGUCAAGUUUGGCUGCAAGGACUCGGCCCGCUGCAUCAGCAAGGCCUGGGUCUGCGACGGGGACAGCGACUGCGAGGACAACUCUGACGAGGAGAACUGCGAGUCUCUGGUGUGCAAACCCCCCUCGCACACCUGUGCCAACAACACCUCCAUCUGCCUGCCCCCCGAGAAGCUCUGCGACGGCUCCGACGACUGCGGCGACGGCUCCGACGAGGGCGAGCUCUGCGACCAGUGUUCCCUCAACAACGGCGGCUGCAGCCACAACUGCACGGUGGCCCCCGGCGAGGGCAUCGUGUGCUCCUGCCCCCUGGGCAUGGAGCUGGGCGCCGACAACAAGACCUGCCAGAUCCAGAGCUACUGUGCCAAGCACCUCAAGUGCAGCCAGAAGUGCGAGCAGGACAAGUACAACGUCAAGUGCUCCUGCUACGAGGGCUGGAUGCUGGAGCCCGACGGCGAGAGCUGCCGCAGCCUGGACCCCUUCAAGCCGUUCAUCAUAUUCUCCAACCGCCACGAGAUCCGUCGCAUCGACCUGCACCGGGGGGACUACAGUGUCCUGGUGCCCGGGCUGCGCAACACCAUCGCCCUGGACUUCCACCUCAACCAGAGCUCCCUGUACUGGACCGACGUGGUGGAGGACAAGAUCUACAGGGGAAAGCUGCUGGAGAACGGGG